ACAGCUCCCAGCAUGCCCCGCUCCGGGCCCGCUUUGGGAGGCCGUGGCCCUUUAAGCCGUGGGCGUUGCCAUGGAGCGGUUUCCUGGAGACGGUGACUUGACGUCCCGGGCAGACGGAGAGUGACGGAGUUGCGGAAGUUGGGUCCGGGCCGCCAUGGGGGGUUCGGCCAGUCAGCUGCCGCGGGACCUGCUCGGCGAGUACCAGGAGCUGACCUUCCUGACCAAGCAGGAGAUCUUGCUCGCCCACAAGAGAUUCAGUGAGCUGCUGUCAAAGGAGGAGAGGGAGAGUAUCCUGCAGAAAAGAGUCCCCAAGAGCAAGAUCCUCACACUGCCUGAACUGCGGGCAAACCCGUUCCAGGACCGGAUCUGCCGAGUCUUCUCCACCUCAGAGGAUGGGGAUGGCAGCAUGUCCUUCGAAGACUUCCUCGACAUGCUGAGCGUCUUCAGCGACUCAGCCACUUCAGAGAUCAAAUCCCACUACGCCUUCCGCAUCUUCGAUUUUGACGACGAUGGGACCCUGGACAGGAAGGACCUGGAGAAGCUGGUGAACUGCCUGACAGGGGAAGGAGAUGAGACUAGGCUGAGUGAGUCAGAGAUGGACCAGCUCAUCCAAAAUAUCCUGGAGGAGUCCGAUAUUGACAAGGAUGGGACCAUUAACCUCUCUGAGUUCCAGCAUGUCAUUUCUCGAUCACCAGACUUUGCCAGUUCCUUCAAGAUUGUGCUGUGAUGGCGCCACGUCCCUUCCAGCAGAGGCGUCCUGUGGCUGGCUGUGCCCAUGGCCUGUCCCUUCCUAGCCUGCUGUGCGGCUCAGCACCAUCUCUGCGCAGUGUCUGGAUCCUUCCCCUUCUGGCAAACAGAUGCAAUAAUAUUGGUGACUCCAGUAUCGUGCUAGGAGGCCGGUGUCAUGGAGCACUCCUUCCAUAGUGCCUUAUGCAGGGCUCCAUGGGGCAAGGCCUCUCCUGCCCAGUAUGCUGUGCCUUCUGUGCUCUUCUUGGUCUGCAGUGGUAGGGUUACAGGGUCCUUAAUGCAGCUGUCUUGUGCUUCAAACAAACUCCUGGCCCUUGGAGACUACAGGUCCCAGCCUUUCAAGCCAUACCUGGAUCAAAGCAGAGGCUGCCGGGAUUGGUGUGGCACAAAGCAUGCUGGGAUCUCUAAUCUCCGUGGGCUUACUCCUAUGCAAACCAGGUGCAGUCCUCUGGGCCUGCCCUGGACUUCCUGAGCAGGAGAGGGGAACUCCUGCUGGGGGCUGGUGAUAAUCUGGGGCUCACCCUCCUGAGCCUCUCUGUGUGCCUUCCACAAGCAAACGGGCAGCUAGGACUCUGGCAAGGAGCCCGAGGCUGCAGCGGGCCUGGCUGGCUCCCUGAGGGGGUCUGGCAAAGGGAUGUAGCACAAAGGGCUUUUUUUACUAUGCAAUAAUGUAACUGGCACCUUAAAAUGCUGCUGCCCAGCAGCUCUGGCCAGGGUGUUUCUGUAACUUCUCUGUCCACUCCCCAACUCCCUCCCAUUGGAGCACGCACAGCUUUCUGCUCAGCCAGAGUGGGGGGGUCCUGGCAGGGGCCACAGCAUUCACAGGGCUGGCAGCUUCUGCCUGUGCUCCUCCCGGUCUGCCCUGCGAGUUGGUGCGUCUGCUGGUGCUGUACCUCCCUUCCCGAAGCAGCAGCUGAUUCCUGUAGUCAGGCAGCCUGGCCUGAGUCCUUCCCCUGCUAGUCAGCUGCCGCAGGCCAGGGGCAGGCAAUGGCCAUCAGGCAGAAGGCUUAACUCUGCGGUCCCACCGUGCCUGCUGCUGCCUGACACACUGCUAGUGCCUGUUAGGGGAGCAAAGACUCAGGGUGUUUUUCUGUCUUUCUACCCUUUCUUACACGUGGUAAAGCAGCUGGCUUCCCUGUGCUGCUCUGCUGGGUGCUCCCCCACCAUGAGAGGGAGGGUCGGAGGGCCUGCAGUACUCUGCACUGGGUGGGGGGCUGCUCAGCCAUGUACGGAGAAUGAAUAAAGAGCUGGAGUCUUACCCUGGGGCCUGUC